AUGAAGGUCCUACACGGUGUGGAUGAAGUUGUUCAAUGGAGAACCACCAAUGUCGAUAGAAGGUUUCAAUCCAGCGGGUUUGUGCCCACAAUGGGAUGUUUGCAUGAAGGUCAUUUGUCGCUCAUACGAGCGUCCAAGCAGGAAAACGAUUUUACAAUUGCUAGCAUAUUUGUGAAUCCAUCGCAAUUUGCACCAACGGAAGACCUGGAUAAGUAUCCCAGAACAUUGCAAAAUGAUUUAGCAAUGUUGGAGGCCGAAGGUGUCGAUAUGUGCUUUGUUCCGAACGUGAAAGAGAUAUAUCCGCAAGGUAUUCCUUUACAUGUGGAUGAGCAGAGGGGUCCCUUUGUAAGCGUAUUGGGUGUGAGUGAGCAAUUGGAGGGCCGCACAAGACCCAAUUUUUUCCGUGGUGUAGCCACGGUUGUCACGAAACUGUUGAACGUGGUAUUCCCCACGAACGCGUAUUUCGGACAGAAAGAUUUCCAGCAGUUUACGGUGCUGAAAGUCAUGACAGAGGAGCUUUUUGUGAACACGAAGCUCACGAUGAUGCCCAUUGUUCGCGAUUCUGAAGGAUUGGCUUUGAGCAGCAGAAAUCGGUACUUGUGUGCGGAAUCACGUCGCAUUUCAACAGCGAUCUACCAAGGUUUGGAAGCGGCCGCUUCUGCCGUGAAUGCUCUGGAUCCUGGUGCGCAUAUCUCGCGGGAAACUCUAGAGAACAGAAUUGGCAAGAUUUGGGAGCCCUACGUGAGUUCUGGAGAUUUCGAGGUGGACUACGUUUCCGUGGCGCAUGCCAGGUCACUGCAAGAGCUAGAUGAUGUUUCUCGAGACGCAGACGUUGUCAUCAGCUGCGCGGUCUAUGUUACGGACCGAGAGGUCAAGUCGACGAGAGUGAGAUUGAUAGACAAUGUGGUCUUGACGUAG